UGUAAGUGGAGGUGAGUGAGUGUGUGUCUGUGCAUGUGUGUGUGUGUGUGCAUCCAUGCUGUUAAUGGAUUGCUAAUUAAGGACUUCUCAGGUGAAGCCAGAAAAAGCAGGAGAGGAAAUGGAGGAGUGGAGUGCCAGAUCCAUAAACAUCCUUGAGUGAGAAAUGCACCUGCACUGUCGUCUGUUGAUCUUGACAGUCGCCCUUCACCUUGGUGUCGUCAAGUGUGGAAGAGCCCAGCGCAAACAGAGGCAGGCUGAAGAGAAGCUGAGGCCAUAUUUGGGCAGAGUGGAUCCAGAAUCCCUUUGUCAGUUGUUGAAAUGUCACAGUCCUAUUGGUUCCUGGUGCCAAGUAGUGAAGGAGGGGGGCAUUUUCGCCCCUAAAUGUGUGUGUCCAAAGACCUGCCCAUGGCAGGGGGCACCAGUGUGCAGCGUUUUGGGAAAGACGUACAGCAACGAGUGUCUUCUUCACAGGGAGGCCUGCCGCAAAAAAAGACGCAUUGGCAAAGCACAUACUGGAGCCUGUAUUGUGAGCAAGGCUGAGUGCUCUGAGGAAGAGUUCGGUCAGUUCCCGUACCGUCUGCUGGACUGGUUCUUGCUCCUCAGCAGAAUGGGAGAGAGAUACACACCAGCCGCUCCAUCGCAGAGCUGCCUCACACACACACAGCGAACCCAGCUUGCAGAGAGGAGGUUUGUUCUGCUGGAUCGUAACAGGGACAGGAAGUUAAGCAGGAGAGAUCUGAGAAAGCUUCACUAUAAGCGGAUGCCACUGGAGCACUGCGCUCAAAGAUUCUUCCAGUCAUGCGACAAGAACAAGAAUAAGAAGGUGACCCUGAGGGAGUGGACUUCCUGUCUGGUUGACCGGUCAGAACGCUGGUUUCAGGAUUUCAUGUCCAUGAAGAUGGGCUCACCAAAGCUGUGUCCUGUCCCAGACAACAACCUAUAAAUUUAGAUGCUUUAUAUCGUAUCAUAUAUUAUACCUUAUCAUUUACCUAGAAGUUACAAUAAUUGAUACCCAGACAAAGCUAUUUGCAUUCUUGUUUGAUUAAAAAUAAAGUAAAACACUGUGAUAUUGUGAAAUAUUCUUAGAAUUAAAAAAUAAGUAUUUUCUAUUUGAAUAGAAAAAAAUUAAAUGAAAAGUGUAAUUUAUUCCUGUGAUGUCAAAGCUGCCAUGACUCCAAUCUUUAGUGUUAUGUGAUCAUUUGGAAAUUGUAAUUUGUUGAUUUACUACUUAAGAAACUAUAUUUCUUAUUAUGAUCAUUGCAAUAAAAAAACUGUUAAAAUAGAAAGCAAAAAAACAUUCAUUUAAAAUAUUUUGUUUUUGUAACAUUAUACAUGUCUUUUUGUCACUUAUGAUCAGUUUAAUAAAAGUUUUUCUUUUCCAAAAAGUAAAGAAACAUUUAUUUAGACUUUUUUUUCCCUUUUUUGGCCAAAAAGUGGGGGGAUGAAAUUUCUGAAAGUGUGGUUUGUAAUAAUUGCUUAAAA